UAAUAAAUUAAAAUAAAAUAAAUAAAAUAAAAACGAAGUUGGUUAUCAAUUAUCAUCGUCUUGUUCCUCAAGACAACUGAUUUUUAAAACCUGGGGAUCCUAAGGCGGCGAAGCACUACUCCACCGCCUACAUUAUUCUAGCACUCUCUUCUAAUUUCCAAUUUUCCGAUAAAUAUCUGCAGAGCCCUAAUUCCUGUUAAAUCCCCUAUGCAAUUUUGUUUUUACGGAGAGAAAACUCCAGGAUUUCUACCCCCAUUUCCAUGUCCUCUUACACUCCUGCACAUUCCAAAGAUACAUUCGACAUGGCAGCUCCCCUUGUUGCUGGACUUUGUGUAGCAGCAGCUGCUUUAGCUGGUAGAAAAGGUAUUCUAGCUUGGCAAGCAUUUAAAGCAAGACCUCCUACAGCUAGAAUGCGUAGAUUUUAUGAUGGCGGGUUUCAGCAAAGCAUGACUAGAAGGGAAGCAGCCCAGAUCCUUGGCGUCAGGGAGAGGGAAAGCGUAGCUAUUGAGAAGAUAAAGGAAGCACAUAGAAGAGUGAUGAUUGCAAAUCAUCCUGAUGCAGGUGGCAGCCAUUACCUGGCUUCAAAAAUCAAUGAAGCAAAAGAUAUGCUGCUAGGUAAGCCGAAAAACACUGGAUCAGUGUUUUAAGGUUUAUGCUUCAUACCAUGCUGUGGGUUCAGAACAUGUCGAGAUGGAGCUUGCAAGACCAUUUUUUUUUUACAAGAAGAAAAGGGAUUUCAUUAAUAAAAUAUAGCCAAAUGGCACUUACAUAUAAUAAUUCCUAAAAAUCAAGAAUUCCAACACAAGUACAUAACACCUUAAAACUAAGUCCAUUUUUUGUUCUAGGAGUAUUAAUCAUAUCUAUUGUGAUCUUUUUAUACUAGUGAUUCUAUUUGUAUUGUACACCAUAUUCAUUGUGAUAUCAGAUAACCACUUGUUACAAUCUA